AUGCCUGCCGAAGAGUCCAAACCCCUCGACCCGGCCGUCAAAGACGCCAACGACGCCCUUGCCGAGGCGAGCGACAAGGGCAAGGGCAAGGAGGCCGAGGUCGAGUCCGAGGACGAAGAGGAGGAUGCGCCCGAGGAGACCGCACCCGACGCAGCUUCUGGCGCCGCAAAGAAGAAGAAAAAGAGGUCCAAGAGAAAGAAGGUCAAGGAUGCGCUCACCGGCAAGCCUAGCGAUCCGGAGGCUGCCAUUAAGGAGGCCAUCGGUGGCCUGACGCCACAGCAGCUCACCGAGCUUCUCGCCCUGAAUCCGGCUUUGGCGAACGAGCUUGGUGUUGGAAGCUCCAGCAGCAAGUCGGCCGAGGAGACUGCCGCGGCGAUGAAGAAUCUGAACCUCCAGGACAUCAUGACUGGCCUGGCCUCGGCUGGCAAGAAUGCCAAAGAUAUGGCAAGCUACAAGUUCUGGGCGACGCAACCCGUGCCCAAGUUUGGUGAGGCGGAGGCUAAGGUUGAGGAUGGCCCGAUCCGCAUCCAGAAGGUAGAAGAGGUGCCUACGGAGGCGUCACCAAUGGUGGCUGGCUUCGAGUGGGUUACUAUGAACCUCGAGGACGAGGGUGAGAUGAAGGAGGUGUACGAGCUGCUCAACGGCCACUACGUUGAGGAUGAUGAGGCCAUGUUCCGCUUCAACUACUCGCCAGCAAUGCUUCAAUGGGCCCUCAUGGCUCCCGGCUGGCGCAAGGAGUGGCACGUUGGUGUUCGCGCGACGCAGUCUCGAAAGCUCGUCGCCUUCAUCUCUGCCAUCCCGGUCAACUUGCGCGUGCGCAAGAACGUUGUCACUUGUUCUGAAGUCAACUUCAUGGUUGUCCAUAAGAAGCUCCGCGGCAAGCGCCUUGCACCCGUGCUCAUUAAGGAGAUCACGCGUCGCAGCAACCUGCGCGAGAUCUGGCAGGGUCUCUACACUGGUGGUGUCGUGCUGCCCAAGCCCGUCAGUACUUGCCGUUACUUCCACCGCGCCCUCAACUGGCAGAAGCUGUACGAGGUUGGAUUCAGCCCGCUGCCCCCCAACAGCAAGCCUCAGUACCAGAUCCGCAAGUACCAGCUUCCGGAUAACACGUCGACCAAGGGCCUACGCGAGCUCCAAGAGAAGGACCUUGAUGGUGCAAACGAACUUCUGGCAAAAUACUUGAAGCGUUUCGAUAUGGCCCCCGAGUUCUCCAAGGACGAGUUCAGACACUGGUUUCUGCAUGACAAGAACGCCCCCGGCGAGCAGGUUAUCUGGACAUAUGUCGUCGAGACCAAUGGAAAGAUCACCGACUUCUUCUCCUUCUACUGCCUCGAGUCUACUGUCAUCAACAGCUCAAAGCACCAGGUCGUCCGCGCCGCCUACCUCUGGUACUACGCCUCCGAAGUCGGCCUCGCCACGCCCCUCGACAAGGCCGCCCUGAAGACGCGACUGAACGCCCUCAUCGGCGAUGCCCUGAUCUUGGGCAAGAAGAACAAGUUCGAUGUCUUCAACGGUCUGUCCCUCUUGGAUAACGGCCUGUUCCUAGAGCAGCAAAAGUUUGGUCCUGGUGACGGACAGCUUCACUACUACUUGUUCAACUACCGCGCAGCCCCUAUUGCUGGCGGCGUCGACAGAAGAAACAAGCUUGACGAGGAGAACCUGAGUGGAAUUGGCUUGGUCAUGUUGUAA